AAGUAGCAAAACAGGAAGACCUGAAAGAAAUGGGUGAUAUUUCCUCAGGGAUGAGUAGUUCCAUCAUGCAGCUAUAUCUCAAACAGGUCCUUGAGGCUUUCUUUCAUAACCAGUCCAGUGUACGCCACUUUGCUCUAAAUGUCAUUGCACUGACAUUAAACCAAGGUCUCAUCCAUCCUGUUCAGUGUGUGCCAUACUUAAUUGCUAUGGGCACAGAUCCAGAGCCCUCUAUGCGAAAUAAAGCUGACCAACAGUUGGUGGAAAUAGACAAAAAAUAUGCUGGGUUCAUUCACAUGAAAGCAGUGGCUGGUAUGAAGAUGUCUUACCAAGUACAGCAGGCAAUUAAUACCUGCCCAAAAGAUCCUGUGAGAGGUUUUAGACACGAUGAAUCAUCCAGUGCGCUGUGUUCACACCUCUACUCCAUGAUUCGAGGGAACCGUCAACACAGACGAGCCUUUCUAAUUUCUCUACUCAACCUCUUUGAUGAUACUGCAAAAACAGAGGUGAAUAUGCUUUUGUACAUAGCAGACAAUCUAGCCUGUUUUCCGUACCAAACACAGGAAGAGCCACUGUUUAUAAUGCAUCAUAUAGACAUUACAUUAUCAGUUUCUGGUAGCAACCUACUACAGUCAUUUAAAGAGUCUAUGGUGAAAGACAAAAAAAAGGAUAGAAAGCCUUCAUCGGAGGAGGAGUCCGAGAGUGACAGUAACAGCGGCAGCGGGAGUGAAAGCGAGGCGGAAGCUUCUAAGCCUCGGAGGUUACGGAAACGAGUGGACUCUGAUUCAGAUUCUGAUGAAGAAAAUGAUAUAAAUGCAGUGAUGAAGUGUUUACCUGAAAAUUCAGCUCCUUUAAUUGAAUUUGCUAAUGUCUCCCAAGGCAUAUUAUUACUUCUGAUGCUGAAACAGCAUCUAAAGAACCUCUGUGGAUUCUCUGAUAGUAAAAUUCAGAAAUAUUCUCCAUCUGAAUCUGCAAAAGUUUAUGAUAAAGCUAUAAACAGGAAGACAGGAGUGCAUUUCCAUCCAAAACAAACUUUGGAUUUUCUGCGGAGUGAUAUGGCUAAUUCCAAGAUCACAGAAGAAGUGAAGAGGAGUAUAGUAAAACAGUACUUAGAUUUCAAGCUCCUUAUGGAACAUUUGGAUCCUGAUGAAGAGGAAGAAGAUGGAGAGGUGUCAGCUAGCACAAAUGCUCGGAACAAAGCAAUUACCUCGCUGCUUGGAGGAGGCAGCCCUAAAAACAAUGCAGCUGAGACAGAGGACGAUGAAAGUGAUGGGGAGGAUAGAGGAGGAGGCACUUCAGGGGUGAGGCGGAGGAGGAGUCAACGUAUUUCGCAGCGUAUUACGUAAAAUGAUUUUUAUGUGCUUAUAAAUGUCAGUUUAUUAUAUUAAAUGUACACCAAGUAAUGUAAUCCACAUGAAAAAAAAAAAGCAUUUUGUAGAUAGAGAUUCUCUACUUAACCGUUUAUACAACUUUUGUAGAAAGUUUAACAGAAAAGACAAUAAAAAAAAAACCAAACUAGAAAAUGAGAUUUAUCCCGUAUAAAAAGUUAUUAAUUUUCCUUUGGAAUGUACUGUGUGUUAUCCUUUUUAUUGUUGCCAAGUUUUUAUGUAGCUUUAUGAUUCAUGUGUAUAUAUAAUUUUAUAUAUCAAUAAGAGAUAAAGACACGGGUACAAAUUAAGAGUAUGUGGUUUUACAAGGAUAUGUUAACCCCUUGGCGCUGGCGGUCGCGGUGCGUCUCAUUGCCGGCAAUGGAAUGUGUGCCGGGGAAUCCCAACUCCCGGCGUCAAGGGAUUAAAAGCAAUAAAAGCAAUAAUUUCACUAAAGUUCUUUUGUGUAACACUUGGUCUUUUUUCCCC